UACAAUGGUAUCAAAUACAGUUAUAAUAUUCGGUUCUCAAAGAUGCAGGCCAUAAUUUAUGAUGGUCAACCAGCCGUUGGCGACAAUCAGCAUGCCCAGUGCUGUAAAGUCAGGCGUCUGAGUACCCCCUCUCUCACUGAGAGGGAAAUGAGGGGUGCUAGUUAUCCAACACAGUGGAGAUGGUACUGGAAAGAUGACAGUAACAAAUGGAACAUGCACAAUAAGGAUGAUUUCACCCUUGAGAGGAAGUAUCAGACUAAACAGAAGACUCAUUUGUAUACCAUGGAGAACAACCUUAGUAUGUACAGAAUAGAUUUCCAGAAGAUGAUCCAAGUUAACGUCGAAACAGAUAGAAAACAAGAUAUUAUCAGACGUCCACUGUUUGUGUCGAAAGAUGAUGUUGAUGAGAAAAAAAUUGACAAAAUCUUGGAAAAUAUCUACGUUCCACCUAAAAGAGUGCCCAGUUGUCCGAAGGCUGAAGGUGACUCAGACCAUUACAAACACAUUGUCGACGAUGAUGACGAUUUAAACAAAGGAAGCGAUUUUAUUGGCACCAUUGAAGGCUGAUAGUAGUGAUGGACACUAGGAUAAAGACGAGUCUAGUUUUAUUGAAUUAAAUGCAUAUGAGAGUUUUGUACCAAUGAAGGCUGAUACAAGAUAUGGAUAUUUGGAUGAAGAUAAUAUUUGUGUUGAUGAUAUUGUGAAAUAUAAAGACAACAAUAGUAUACCGCUGUUCAAAACUUAUAAAUCCAUGGACAAAAACAAAAUCGGGGUAACAAACUAAA